AUGGCAGGCGACUGGCCUCGCGAUCCCCGCGCCUACCCACUGUCACAAUUCACCGAGCCUCCCGCUCCCAUACGAACCCUUCCCAGCGUCGCCGAGCUGCUCUCUUCGUCACGGCCCUCUGCAGACAGCUCUGCACCUGUACCCGCAUACCACCCCCACGAUUACCACUACCAUGCCCGAUCCACACCGCCCGCUGCCUCCAAUCUCAAUUCCACUUGCACUUCCACUUCCACUUGCACUCCGACUUCCACUUCCACUUCCACUUCCACUUCACACUUCCAUCCCAGUGCCGCAGCUCCGCCGUAUUGGAACCUCGUGCACCACCGCCAAACAAGCCCUCCCGUCAGCCCCACAGAACAGCGUCCACCAUCCAUGUCAACCUUGACCACAUCCACAUCAACACCAACCCCAACUCCAACACCGAGAGUUUACCAGGAGCCUCAGUUCCGCCAAAAGCAGUCGCCAAAAGCAGACGCACCCACCCACCAUUCGGACCUGUCCUCUGGCAGGCACUCCACAUCUCAUUCGUCGACGAUACAAGCACGCCAAGACUCAGCCAUUGGCCAGCACCGCUUUGAGCCGGCCAACGACGCCCACCUGUCCAAGUCUACAUCGCCUCAAGGCGAGAUACAUUCAAUCCACCCAGGAGCACAACAUCCAGUUCGCCAGCACUCCAAGUCGCUGUCCUCGGCUCUUCCCCACUCGGCGGCAUCACAAAGGGCACAUGAGCACCGCACAGAGCGAAGCAUCCCUGUCGACAUCGGGAACGCUCCUGACGCGAGACCUAACAGCAACAGUAAUAACGACAAUAGCAACACCAACAACAACAACAACAACAACAACAACAACAACAACAACAACAACAACAACAACAACAACAACAACAACAACAACAACAACAACAACAACAACAACAACAACAUCAAUGGAGCCUCUUCUCUUCUUGAACCAUUCUACGGAAACCAGAGCAGCAACGGCACUCGUCAACAACGCUACAACGUACGAUUUGCCGCCAAUUAUACUUCGGAAAACAUGCCGCCCUCGCAAAAAUCUCGCAACGACCCACCCACACCAAACAUAACACCAGCAGUGGUUGUUGAGCCAGAGCAACCAAGGAGCUCCCCUGCACUUGUCACGACGACAGAAGAGUCCUCGAUAUCGACGGCAAAUGGAAGCACCCACCCUACUGAGCCUCAACCACAAGGCGCCAGGGACACCAGGGACGCCAGGGACCGUGGAGAGCGUGGAGAGCGUGAGCCUUCUGUAGAGCGCUGCUCUGGGUGCAACGAGGCCUGGAGGCGACCCAUACCUGACCUGGGCUCUCGCCACAUUUCGCCAGCAGAGACCAACGAAGAGUAUAAGCAGAUUGCAAGCAGCAUGAUUGAGCGGCUGCGGAAACAGAACAAGCUGGCCGACGCUGCGUACGAUGAAUGGAAGUGGCGCCACACUCGCUGCAACUACCGACCAGCAAGCCCGUUCUCCACUGCAUCUGUAGAGGACGCGCCCAGGCGAGCAGAUUCAGAGUCUCGUGCUGAAGGGUCGACCAAUGGCACAGCGGACCGCAAGCGCAAAUCCGAGCUUCCACACGAGCCACAUUCUGCUUCGAAGCAGCAAAGAGGAAUGGAUACAAGUCCGGCACCACCGGCCCGUCGGCUCGAGUCAUUUUGA